CUCUAUUUUUACACUGACUUCAUCACUGGCAUUUUCAAAGUUCUAUUUUGAUUUACAGAUUUACAAAUGAUACAGGUGGGUUUCUCAGAGCUGCAGUCGUGAACAGGAAGGACCUGUUUCUAGAGAUAUCAGACGUUAAUACUAAAGACAUGAACAAGUCUGUCCUCCAAAGAUAUGCACCAAGAUAUGUUUUUUGUCACCUCACUUUACACCAUCAUGUCCGGACAUCCUUUAUGUGGCCUGCAUGAGCGCUGACGUCAAGAUGAAAAGCCCGCCCCUCUGCAAACCUCUUAAAAGCUUUAUCAAGUUCCCUCGAUUUCCACUGACGCACCAUGAACAAGUUCAUUACAGCGGCUCUUCUUCUGACCAGCUUCAGCUGGAGCUCUUGGUCUGUCGUAGUGACGGUCAAACCUGGUGAAGACGUUGUCCUGACAUGCAGGAAAGUCAAAGAAGAAGUGUUUUGGACCAGUUUGGUUAAUAAUGGGACCUACACGUGCAUCGCCACCAACAACAACGACGCCUCAUUGUGUCCAGGAAUGAAAAAUAAUGCAAGAUUUCAAAUUAGUGUCGACAAGUUUUUUGUCUAUCUCAAAAUCAAGCUUGUCAAAAUGGCCGAUAGUGGUUUUUACUUUUGUGUCUUUCGCAUUUUCCGAAAUGGAGAGGUUAAUGUUGUGCAGUUAAAUGUUGAAGAUGUUGAAGAUGAUGUCGUGCAAGACCCAAAAGAAAAUACCGGAUGUGAUGGCAUUUCUGCAUUAUGGGUCGGUGUAACACUUGGAGGUCUGUGUGUUGUUCUUGUACUUGUGAUAGUUGUGUUUGCUCUUAAAGUCAAGAAAAUGCAAACAGCUCAAAGUCAAGAACCCACUGGAUCCAGAGAGAACGAAGCAACUCAAGACCUCAACUACGCAGCCGUGAAUUUCCAGCCAAAAACAAGACACCCCAGAAGAGCCUUACAAAAUGAUCCACAUGUGAUUUACGCUGCCACAAGAUAA